AUGGGCGUCUGCGAAAACUCCAUGUUGAAAAGGAUAGCGCUGACGGUAAUUUUAAGACGCGGUGUGGUCCUCUUCGUGCUGCUUACCAUCGUUGUCGCGGCCCCGACCGUCGUGGCGGUCGAUGACAGCAGCACCGACGACGAUACCAUGCCGAGCCUGUCCGAGAUUGACACCUACGACGCACUCGCCAUUGUUUUCAUCGUUGUGGGCAUGGCCGUGUCCGCCAGCGGUGUCAUCAUGGUACCGGCCAUGGUGCUCAUCAUGGGCUUCGACAUCAAGCGCGCGACGCCCAUUUCUAACGUGGGUAUCUUGGGCGGAGCUUUGGCGAACGCUUGGUUCAACAUGCAAAAGCGCCACCCGUCUGCAGACCGACCGCUGAUAGACGCUGAUCUCGCGCUCGGAAUGAUCCCCGUCCUGCUGCCGAGCUACAUCGUAUCGCUGCUAUUCGUCGUGGUGCUGGCUGCCAGCGGAACGCGGAUGAUGAUUAAAGGAAUUCAGCUGUACAGAGCUGAGAGUACCAAGAAGGCACAAGCGGACGCUGACUCCAAGGACACGGCGGAUGCAGCAAUGAGCCCCGACGCAUACGCUCAAGCAUUCACGCCCAACCCCUCCAUUGACAGCGAUGCCUCCGCAGCUAAAUCUGCGUCUGCAUCGGCGCAAGCCGUCAAAGUGCUCGCAGAAAUACUGGAGCAGGAGCGCCACUUCGCCUGGAGAAAGCACGGAGCCAUCCUCGUAUGCUACCUCGGCGUAGUUGCUACGAGUAUCGGUGAUGCAUCUGUGUCGUGCGGAGGCGUGGCCGACUGGGUGAUCCUGUUGGCGGAGAUUCCGUGGGUGGCCCGCAAAGCUAGCGUGGGUUACCUGUACAUUGAAGGCGACAUCCGUUGGACGCAAAAGGCUGUGAUAUGUUUUCCUCUCGGGUGUGCGCUUGGAGGCAUCGUUGCGGGCAUGUUCGGCGUCGGCGGAGGCAUCAUCACUGGGCCGAUCAGGAUCGAGAUGGGAAUCGUGCCCGAAGUAGCGUCGUCCACGAUGGCUCUGAUGAUCCUGUACUCCUCAGCGGCUGCAACGGCGAAGUACACGGUGUUCAACAUGAUCGCGUGGGACUGGGCUGCUCUGUUGUGCGCAGUAACUUUCGCUGUAACCUCGGCAGCGCAGGUGGUGAUCCUUGCAUACGUGAGGCGCAGUGGGCGUCAAUCGAUCGUCGUGCUCUGCAUUAGCGCGGCUGUGGUCAUAGGCACCGCGCUCAUGACGUACCAAGCGGUAAAGACCACGAUCGAUGAUGCUGGUGAGCCCUUCACUGCGGAUAUUUGCAGCUAG